AAGCUCCACCACCAUCAUUGCAGAUUCGGCUACCAAAGAUGAAAUUCAAGCUAGAAUUGCCCAGAUAAAGAAGGAACUUGCUGCUACAGACUCUGUCUAUGAUUCUGAGAUGCUGGCUGAAAAGAAUUGCAAAGCUCUCAGGAGUUGCAGUGAUAAAGGUUGGUGCUGCAACCGAGACGGAGCUCGAGGACCGUAAGCUGCGGAUCGAGGAUGCUAAAAAUGCCACCUUUGCAGCUAUAGAGGAAGGCAUUGUUCCCGGUGGUGGUGCCGACUUUGUUCAUCUUCCAACAUUUGUUCCUUCUAUAAAGGAGAAGCUUGAGGAUCCUGAUGAGCGCAUAGGCGCUGACAUUGUGCAAAAGGCUUUGGUGUCUCCUGCAGCAUUGAUAGCCCACAACGCAGGAGAUGAAGGAGAGGUGGUGGUGGAGAAGAUCAAAGACAGUAAAUGGGAGGUUGGCUAUAAUGCCAUGAAUGACAAGUACGAGAAUCUUGUCGAAGCUGGUGUCAUAGAUCCGGCGAAGGUGGCUAGAUGUGCGUUGCAGAAUGCUGGAUCAGUGGCUGGAAUAGUCCUCACAACACAGGCCAUUGCGGUUGAGAAACCUCCCAAGAAGAAGGCUCCAGCACCUCAGAUGGUGCUCUUCAGAUUUAGUAGGGUUUCUUUGAAAUCUGUUUAGUAGUCAGUAGGCAAG